AUGAUUCAGGGUGGGGACUUCAGCGAAGGUAAUGGAAAAGGCGGAGAAUCAAUUUAUGGUGGAUAUUUUAAAGAGAAUGUGGUCUUUUGCAAAAUGAAAAGGUAAGAGAACGAAGCUCAGUAACACAAACUCCAAUUCUGUUCCCUUGCACCCUUCCUAAUAAAUUUAUGGACAGCCUGGGUUAGGUUGUGGCUGGAUUUCUCAUAAUUGCUUGAAGACUUGGAAAAUUCUGUAUAUUAUUUCAUACAUGCAUCUGUAUCUUUUUUCUUUUCCCAAUGGGUUAUUAGUUCUACAUCAGGGAAAAAAAAUCUAGUUGUGUUUUUUUCCCCCUAAACCAAGCAAUUGCUUUGAAUAAAAGUUGGUAUUUCCUACUUUCUCAAAGGUUUGUAUGUUUUCUUUUAUAUACUAGAACUAUAUGAUUGUGUUUUAUUCCAACAGUAGUAGUAUUUGCAUAAGUCUAACUAUUGCACUUGCCCCAAAAAGCCUUAGAAAAGUCAGUUGCAGAGAUUUUAAUGGGAUCCAAUCUUACUAGAUUUUAAUGCCAUGAUAGCUUCAGUGUUAUAAUAGUCUUUUAUAUUUCUUUUGGGGGAAAAUGGAUUACUACUCUUUUUCAGAAGCCUGUUCCCAAGGUAAUCAUUUUUUAAAGUUUUCUAUGUUUCUGUUUGUUCUAAAGAAAGAUUUGUUUGUAUGAAUGUUAUAAGGAAAUUUAAAUUAGUUUUGAAGGUAUUUCUGCUGGAAUUAAAAUCAUCUCUGAGUGAUCUUUAUAACAGUUUUUCCUUUGAACCAGUAGGAAGCAAUUCAUUAGCUGGUUCUAUCAGCUUGUAGCAAUUUGAAACUAAUGUAGGCCACUUUAAUGUGGUUCACUGUGGCAGAUACUUGUGUAUCUUAGAAUUCUAUUUUGCCCUUUAUGUUUUUGUUUUUAUAGGACUUUCUUCAUUAGAAAAUUUUUGAUCCUAUUCAUUAGGAGUCUAUAUACUUGAUUUAAUUUAGGUACAUCCUUACAACUUAAUUUAUGUAACUUUUUGUGUUUUGCUUUCAUAAUUUAGCUUCAAUAUAGUUAAAUAAUAAGUUUAUCAUAUAGAAAUUAAGCAGAGAAGAUUAUUAAACUUCUUCCAUUUAUAGUACGUUAAGCAGGAUAAUUGGAGAGUUGAAGGAAAUGAACUUUACUAUAGAGAUUUUUAAAGAUUUUUUUACUGGUUUUCCCUGAAAGUUUAUAGUUUACAUAUCAUUUAGCCAAAGUAUGUUACUACUAAAAGUGACUGUUCUAAGGCUGUUUGUAUAAAGCAUUAAAUACAUGUUCUUUCCUCAAGGCUUUAAGUAGUAUUUUUGAUCUUUUUACACUUUUGUUACUUGAUUAGUUAAAAUUUUUUUUUCUAAAUAUUCAGACAAGUAUCUGUACUGACCAGAAGAGGAAUUUCAUCCUUUACUUUCUAUUUAUUACUGUGACAUUACACUUUAAAAGUGGCUUAUAAUUGGAGACUGACGAAUUUGUGUUUUCUUCAAACAGAUGAAAACUUUAUUCUCAAACAUGACAGAGCGUUCCUUUUGUCAAUGGCAAAUCGAGGGAAACAUACCAAUGGUUCCCAGUUUUUCAUUACCACAAAACCUGCUCCACACCUGGAUGGGGUCCAUGUCGUCUUUGGAUUAGUUAUUUCUGGUUUUGAAGUAAUCGAACAGAUUGAAAAUCUGAAAACAGAUGCUGCAAGUAGACCUUAUGCAGAUGUGCGAGUUAUUGAUUGUGGGGUGCUUGCCACAAAAUCAACAAAAGAUGUUUUUGAGAAGAAAAGGAAGAAACCAACUCAUUCAGAAGACUCGGAAUCCUCUUCCAAUUCCUCUUCCUCUUCAGAAUCUUCUUCAGAAAGUGAAAUUGAACAUGAGAGAAGCAGAAGAAGGAAACAUAAGAGGAGGCCAAAAGUUAAACAUUCUAAAAAGAGACGAAAGGAAGCAAGCAGUUCAGAGGAGCCAAGGAAUAAACAUAUAACGAGCCCAAAAGGUCACUCUGAAAGGAGUGAUACCAAUGAAAAAAGGUCAGUUGAUUCAAAUGCUAAAAGGGAAAAGCCUGUAGUCCGCCCAGAGGAGAUUCCUCCAGUUCCUGAGAACCGAUUUUUACUGAGAAGAGAUAUGCCUCUUGUCACGGUGGAGCCUGAACCGAAGAUUCCUGAUGUUACACCCAUUGUAAGUGAUCAGAAACCUUCUGUAUCAAAAUCUGGACGGAAGAUUAAAGGAAGGGGCACAAUUCGCUAUCACACACCUCCAAGAUCAAGAUCAUGUUCUGAAUCAGAUGAUGAUGAUAGCAGUGAAACUCCUCCUCACUGGAAAGAGGAAAUGCAAAGAUUAAGAGCAUACAGACCACCUAGUGGAGAAAAAUGGAGUAAAGGAGAUAAAUUAAGUGAUCCCUGUUCGAGCCGAUGGGAUGACAGAAGUUUGUCCCAGAGAUCCAGGUCGUGGUCUUAUAAUGGAUAUUAUUCAGACCUUAGUACAGCAAGGCACUCUGAUGGUCACCAUAAAAAACGCAGGAAAGAGAAAAAAGUUAAACAUAAAAAGAAAACUAAAAAGCAGAAACAUUGCAGAAGACACAAGCAGACUAAAAAGAGAAGGAUUAUUGUACCAUCAGACAUAGAAUCCUCAAAAUCUUCCACCCGACGAAUGAAAUCCUCUUGUGACAGAGAAAGGAGAUCUCGUUCUUCCUCGUUAUCAUCUCAUCGCUCCUCAAAGAGGGACUGGUCUAAAUCUGAUAAGGAUGACCAGAGCUCUUCAACCCAUUCCAGCAGAGACUCCUACAGAUCUAAAUCUCACUCGCAGUCUUAUUCUAGAGGAAGCUCAAGAUCAAGGACUCCCUCAAAAUCCUCAUCACAUUCUCGAAGUAGAUCAAAGUCCAGAUCUACUUCCAAGUCAGGGCACCAAAGGACAACAUCAAAAUCACCAAGAAGAACAACCUCUCAGUUAAGUGAAAGUAAAGCAGUUAAAACAGAACCCUUAAGAACAACAGCACCACAAAAUGAAAACGUCGUAGUACAACCAGUGGUGGCAGAAAAUAUUCCUGUAAUACCUUUGAGUGACAGUCCCCCUCCUUCAAGGUGGAAGCCUGGACAGAAGCCCUGGAAGCCCUCUUAUGAGCGAAUUCAGGAAAUGAAAGCUAAAACAACCCAUUUGCUGCCCCUCCAAAGCACUUACAGUUUAGCAAAUAUUAAAGAGACUGGAAGUUCAACAUCCUACCAUAAGAGAGAAAAAAAUUCAGAAAGUGAUCGGAGUGCUUAUUCAAAGUACAGUGAUAGAAGUUCAGAAAGUUCACCAAGGUCAAGGAGCAGAUCUUCUAGGAGUAGAUCUUAUUCCAGAUCAUACACAAGGUCACGAAGUCUUGCUAGUUCACAUUCAAGAUCUAGGUCUGCCUCCUCUAGAUCUCAUUCACGAAAUAAAUACAGUGAUCGUUCACAGUGUAGUAGAUCCUCAUCAUACUCUUCUGUUAGCAGUGAUGAUGGAAGACAAGCCAAGAGAAAAUUUAGAUCCAACGGGAAAAAAAAUAACACUUCAAGUAAGAAGCACAGCGGCAGCUCUGAAAAGAGACUUCACCAUAAAUAUGUGAAAAACAGAGAGAAGUCUUCAAGUCAGAGAAAGUAUAGUGAAAGCAGGUCAUCUUUAGAUUAUUCUUCAGACAGUGACCAGUCAAGUGUUCAGGUUACACAGUCAGCCCAGGAAAAAGAGAAGCAAGUCCAAAUGGAAAUGAACAAUAAGCAAGAGAAGAACAGAGAUGAAGAGAAAUCUAAGCCUGAACAGGAAUGCCCUCGUUCAAAGAAAAGAGUCUUGAGAGAGAAUCUUUCUGAUCACCUUAGAAAUGGCAGUAAGCCCAAAAGGAAAAAUUAUGCUGGGAGUAAGUGGGACUCUGGGUCAAAUUCUGAACGAGAUACAACAAAAAACAGUAAAAAUAUUUCCCGGCCAUCUUCUGAUAAGGAGGAAGGUGAGGCUACAUCAGAUUCUGAGUCAGAGUUUGGUGAAAUUCACAGCAAAGCCAAACCUACAACAAAGUCUUCAGCAAGUGCUUCGCUGCCUGAUGGUAAUGGUGCUUGGAAAUCAAGUAAGCAGCAGUCUUCGACCUCUGAUUCUGAGGGGUCCUAUUCCAAUUCAGAAAACACUAGAAGAAAGGCACGGAAGCGCAAACAUGGGUCAAAGGAAACUCUUAAAAGAGAGCAGACCAAAAAAGCAAAGGAGAAACUGAAAGGGAAAAAAGACAAAAAGCACAAGGCUCCAAAACGAAAACAGGCAUUUCACUGGCAGCCUCCACUAGAAUUUGGUGAGGAGGAGGAGGAGGAGAUUAGUGAAAAACAAGUUACUCAGGAGGCAAAAGAGAAAAAACAAGUUUCUGAAAACAGUGAAACCAUGAAAGAAAAUAUUCCACACACUGAGAAGUCCUGUGAAGAGGGCAACUUUUCAGGUAAAUGCAAUCCAGUCACGACUUCUUCGGAAAUGGAUCAGCCUGCUAAAGAGGAUACUAAACUCCGUGCUUCUCCCACAGCCUUAACUACUGAGGAGAAUGUCACUGCUUCUCCCUCCAACAUUCAGCCUAUUGCAGAAAGUGUCCCAAGCGGAGUGGAGGAUGUGCUGCAGACAGAUGACAACAUGGAGAUCUGUACUCCUGAUAGGAGUUCCCCAGCAAAGGAGGCAUCCCCUCUAGGGAAUUCAAGGCUUGCCACUGCAGACGUAAACAUUGUUCUAAAACAGGAUAUGCACACAGAGCAUCCUGAGACAGAGGAGUCAAAACAGGAGAGCAGUAUGUCCGAAAGUCAAGCAAUGGGGGAUGUGGGGAAACAGGACAGCAGCCCUGCUAGCUUGGCCAGCACUAUAGAAAGCACUGUGAAGAGAGAGGUGGCAGAGAAGAGCCAGAUCAGUCUCAUAGAUAACAAAUGGAAGCCCCUGCAGGGUGUGGGGAACCUGGCGCCACCAACUGCUCCCACAUCCAGCACUGUGGAGGUAAAGGCAUUGACUACUGCACCUGACAUGAAGCCACAAGGCCUGAGGAUAGAAAUUAAAAGCAAAAAUAAAGUUCGGCCUGGGUCUCUCUUUGAUGAAGUAAGAAAGACAGCACGCUUAAACCGGAGGCCAAGGAAUCAGGAGAGUUCAAGUGAUGAGCAGACACCUAGUCGGGAUGGGGAUAGCCAGUCCAGGAGUCCAAGCAGAUCUCGAAGUAAAUCUGAAACCAAAUCAAGACACAGAACAAGGUCUGUCUCCUACAGUCACUCAAGAAGUCGAUCACGAAGCUCUACAUCAUCUUACCGAUCAAGAAGCUAUUCUAGAAGUCGGAGUAGAGGAUGGUACAGCAGAGGCCGCACAAGAAGCCGGAGCAGUUCCUACCGCAGUUACAAAAGUCAUAGGACAUCCAGCAGGAGCAGAUCCAGGAGCAGCUCGUAUGAUCCCCACAGUCGGUCCAGCAGGUCCUACACUUACGAUAGCUACUAUAGCAGGAGUCGGAGUCGAAGUAGGAGCCAGAGGAGUGACAGUUACCACCGAGGCAGAAGUUAUAACAGGCGAUCCAGGAGUUGUAGAUCUUAUGGCUCCGACAGUGAAAGUGACCGAAGUUACUCUCAUCACCGGAGCCCCAGUGAAAGCAGCACAUAUAGUUGAAAAUGUCCCCUUUUUUGAUACAAAUUAUAUAUUAUUUGUAAAUAUCUGGUAACUUAAAAGUUUAAGAAACUUAAUGGCAGUCUGUUGUUCUAUUUCAAUAUUAGAGAUAAGUUUGAAAAAUAGACAUUUCUUGUUAUUGUUCAUUUACAUGUGCACAGAAUUUAAAAUACAGAUAUGUCUCCCAAAAAUAUUUUUAUGCCACAUUUUACAGUAGCCAACUAUGGAAAUGAAUUUCAUUUUCUUGAAUCAAGAAAUCAUGAAAUUUAAGUAUAAUUUGCAAUAUUACUUUAGGUUGUCUCUUUCCAUCUCAUGUAUUCCUUAGAAUACAGAUUAUUUUUGCCCGUUUUUCAGGUUUUAGCAUAUAUGCUGCCAGGCACAGAACUGUGAAGAACUGUUAAAGGUGGCCAAAUAUUUAUAGACCAGUUACACCGUCUUAUACAUUUGUGCUCUUAAAACAAACCACCCAGAAUUGAUACUAAUGGUAGCCAGGAGGAUAAGGCAGUGGUUCUGGAGUUCUUCAUUCAUUCAUUCCUUCUUGCUUAUCUCAGAGGAUCAGGAAAGUGGUCAUCAUACAGCCCCCCAUCUGUCUUACUCCAGGCUGGCUGGUGAGGUUAAGAAGAGUAAAUCAGCCUUAACUAUAAUACCUGCACUGUCUCUAAGGCCCUAAUGUUUUAUGUGCUUUUUAAUAAAUACUAUCAGAAGUUUAGAUUAUAAAAAACAAUUCUAUUCCAGUUCAUGUUUUGGUGCUCGGUACCUUUUGGUACCUCUUUAAGUAUACUUUACAUUAUUAGAAUCUCAUAGGAGAGAGAAAUGAUUUUUUAUUUUUAUUUUUUUUAAUUCGCUGGCACCAGGCAUGGUUCCUUCUGAACUAUAUUCACUUUCAGAAUUGGAGAGCUUACUCUCAAGUUCCGGUGUGGCCUGGGACCCCCUGGAGCAGGCAGGAUUGGCACAGGGAGUUGUGUGGCCCCUCAGGGCUGCUGCACAUAACUGGCAUGUGUGCCUCUAGGAGAGCGGAUUGAAGAGUUGGACUUCAAAGUACUACCAAAAACCUCACUGCCACCAUCCUGGAGACAUUUUGGAGGGCCUUUGAGUCUUUCAAGUAAGAGAGAUCUACCACAAUAGCAGUUAAACUGUUCUAAGCACCAGCAUGUUUCUCCUCUUUCUUCUGUGACCCACUCUGACUCAGUGAACCCUUGCGUGACGGAGUGAGUACAGGAUGACAGGGGAAGGGAGCGCCAUACAGUACUGCACAAAUUACACAUGUUCGGUUUUGGGUGGUUCCUCCAAAAAUGAUUUGACCUGUAGAAACUGGUGUGAUUUUUUUUUUUUUAAUCUUUGAGUUUUUCCCCCAAGUGUACUUAAUCACCUUAGUGCCAGUUUAUAAGCCAGUUAUGCAGAAGAAAUUCAUAUUGGAUGUUUGAUAUGGAACUUUGCACCAUCCUACCCAGGCCUUGCUUGGGGUACUUGGGAAGUGGGAAAGAGCCCUCAGUUGGAGGGAUCUGACAACCCUUGAGGGGUGAAGGGGUGACCAUGGAUAUAUUAAUAAAAUCAUCACCCAUAAAAAGUUCAUAAACAGGGUUAAAUUGUCAGCUGUUUGCCAGAUUGAUAGACGAGAGUACAUUGAAAAACAAGACCCAAGUCAAACAAACGUACUUCCUAGUGAAUACAGAACAAUGUGUUAUUCAUGUGAAGGGUUUUCAAAAGUUGCCUGUAAUACUCCGUGGGGAAAAAAAAAGGCAUUCAGAACCCAAACCAGAACUGCCAAAUCUAAUUAGGUUAGGAAAAGUUACCUUUGGACAAUGUAUUCAUUUUCUAUUGCUAUGUAACAAAUUACCCCAUACUUAGCAGCUUAACAACACCCAUUUCUUAGCUCACAGUUCUGUAGCUUGGGAGUCUGGCACAGUGUGGCUGGACUCUCUGCUCAGGGUCUCACCAGGCUGAAAUCCCGGGUUAGCAGAGCAGCAUUCCUCUUUGGAGGUUCUGGGGAAGAAUCUGCUUCCAGGUUUGUUCAGUUCCCUGACUCAGCCAGAGGCUUCUCCCUCAGCUCCUGAAAGCUGCUUGCUUUCCCUCUUGUGUGUUCCCCUCUGUCUUCAAACCCUCAGUGGCCCAUCUUAUGCUUCCAUCCCUCUGCCCUCCUCCACUGUUUCAAGGUUUGUAUAAUUAGAUUAAGCCUGCUGAUCAAGUCUCCCUAUUAUCAGGUCAGCUCUGCCAUAGAACAUAGCAUAAUCACAGGAGUGACUGCAUAGGUGCAGGGUCCUAGGAUGGGUGGGGGGUGGCGUGGGCCGUUCUAGGACCCUGCGGACCCCAGACAUUAACUGCCCAUUGCAGUGGAGUUUCAUCCCCAAAAGGUGGGCCCUUGGAAGAGUUGAUUGUUUCCAGCCGCAGCAUUCAACUGUGUGUUUACUGAAUGAACUACAGAAAUAGCUUUUCUGCCUAGAGGGGAUUGUUCUGUAUUUUAAGUUAUUUUUUAAUAAAAUUUAAUUAUGUUGUGUAUUGUGCUUCUUAAUAGAAAAUGUAUUAUUGGACUGUUUUUGUAACGUCUUGUUUACUGCAAAUGAAACAUAUAGCUGGUAUUGUUCAAAAACUGUAGAAAAUACUUUUGUACAUAUUGGCAGUAUCUAAUUUGUAUACACUUCAUUUAAAUGUUCCUAAAACUUGAAAGAGGGACCUCAUAGAAAUUAAAAUCUAUACUUAGUCUAAA